AACACAACUCAUGUUUUUGAGUUUUGACUCUCUCUUCUCACCUUAAAACAAGCCUCAUUUAAUUUUUUUCCCGUCUCCACACAAAGUUUCCUCCUUUAUACCCUUCAAAAUUAAAACCCCCUUCCAAUUCAGCGAAUUUUCUCCUUUAUUAUUCCUUAAUUGCAAGAAUAGGGUUUGUUGAAGUUCGUAUGAUAAUGAUAAUGGUAAUGAGUGUGGGGACCUCUCAUUAAUGAGAGCUAUUUCGGCAUUUCCUUCGAAUCCUGAAUCAGAAGAAGGAAUGAGCGCUUGCAUCUUCAUGCUUCAAAAUGCUUGGAAUAAGGAAUGAGUAUUGAUGUUAGAUGGGAAACAACUGUGUUGCACCAAGAAAGUCUUCCAAAGAUGGCACAUAUACAAGUUUCAUCUCGUGGUGCCGGCCGAAGAAAGCAACUGCGUGCGCGGAUAAAGACGAAGAUGUGAGCAAAACUGAAAAGGAGACAGAACCUGUUCAACAAAAGGCACCAGAGGUUGUUAAAAUUGAGAAGGAGGUGGAGAAGCCAACACAAUCCAUAAAGGUUAAGAAUGAAACUAAGCGUCUGGAAUCUAUAAAACAAGUUGAGAAGACUAAAUUGCCAGCACCAACUCCAGCUCCUGCUCCGGCAGCUCCAGCUCCAGCUCCAGCUCCAGCUCCUGAUCCUGAUCCUGAUCCUGAUCCGGCUCCGGCUCCUGAUCCGGCUCCGGCUCCUGAUCCGGCUCCGGCUCCAGCUCCGGCUCCUGCUCCUGCUCCUGAUCCUGAUCCUGCUCCUGCUCCUGCUCUUGCUCCAGCUCCAGCUCCAGCUCCAGCUCCAACAACAAAAAGUAACCAAUGGGAAGAAAAGGUUAAAGUAGGAGAGCCUGCAAAAGAAAAGAAGACUCAGAUUGUGAAGAGGCAAAUAAGUGCAGGCCUAAAACAAGGUUCUAUCUUGCAAAGGAAAACUGGUGUCCUUAAGGAGUUCUAUACUUUGGGACCGAAGCUCGGACAAGGGCAAUUUGGAACAACCUACCUUUGUGUGGAGAAAGCUACUGGAACCGAGUAUGCAUGCAAGUCCAUUUUGAAGAGGAAAUUGGUGACUGAUGAAGAUGUUGAAGAUGUGAGGAGGGAGAUUCAGAUAAUGCAUCACUUGGCAGGUUGCCCCAAUGUGAUCUCCAUUAAGGAAUCCUAUGAGGACGCUGUCGCGGUUCAUGUUGUGAUGGAGUUGUGUGCAGGGGGUGAACUCUUUGAUAGGAUUGUGGAAAGAGGGCAUUACACAGAGAGAAAAGCAGCAAAACUAGCAAGGAUUAUAGUUGGUGUUAUUGAGUCUUGCCACGCACUUGGAGUAAUGCAUCGCGACCUUAAGCCGGAGAACUUUCUUUUUGUCGAUAAGCAGGAAGAUUCAGUCCUUAAAGCAAUAGAUUUUGGCCUCUCUACUUUCUUCAAACCAGGAGACAUUUUUGAUGAUGUGGUAGGAAGCCCUUAUUAUGUUGCACCUGAAGUUCUCCGAAAGCGUUACGGCCAAGAAGCUGAUGUGUGGAGUGCUGGUGUCAUCAUAUACAUUCUCUUAUGUGGUGUACCUCCAUUUUGGGGAGAAACGGAGCAAGAGAUUUUCGACUCAAUUUUGAAGAGUAAACUGGAUUUCUCAUCAGCACCAUGGCCUAGUAUCUCUGAUGGUGCAAAAGACUUGGUUAAGAAGAUGCUUGACAGAGAUCCUAGCAAACGAAUAUCCGCUUUUGAAGUUCUUAGACACCCCUGGAUUCAGGUUGAUGGAGCAGCUCCAGACAAGCCUCUUGAUGCUGCAGUUUUGACUCGGCUGAAGCAGUUUACUGCAAUGAACAAGCUCAAGAAAAUGGCUCUUAGAGUAAUUGCAGAGAAUCUCAAUGAAGAUGAGAUUGCUGGAUUGAAAGAAAUGUUUAAGAAUAUAGACACAGACAACAGUGGCCACAUUACUUUUGAAGAACUAAAAAUUGGACUGAAAAGAUAUGGUCAUAAUCUCAAUGAGUCUGAAAUUUAUGACCUAAUGCAAGCUGCAGAUGUUGAUAACAGUGGCACAAUUGACUAUGGAGAAUUCUUAGCAGCAACAUUGCACUUAAACAAAAUUGAGAAGGAAGAUCAUUUAGCUGCAGCUUUCUCAUUUUUUGAUAAAGAUGGUAGUGGCUACAUCACUCAAGAUGAGCUUCAACAAGCUUGUGAAGAAUUUGGAAUAGAGGACGUUCGCUUGGAGGAUUUGAUCGGAGAAGUUGACCAGGAUAAUGAUGGAAGAAUAGACUACAAUGAAUUUGUGGCAAUGAUGCAAAAAGGCAAUGCUGAUAUGGGUAGAAGGGGAAGAAAAGGUAGCAGUAGUUUUAGCAUUGGAUUUAGGGAACCACUACCUGUAUGUUAAGAAAAUAGUGUAUGAGUUUCUUUUUUGGUAACACAGACAAUUUUCUCCAAGGUGUGUAUUGAACUGAACUGACCCUAGUUCAUGUAAAUUUUGGAUGAAGAAACAUUACAAAGGGUUUGUUCGUUUUUGUUUUGGAUGAACCAACAAUUUGAUCCUUAAAA